GAAAGUAUAUAUAUAUAAAGAAGGUGGGGAAGAAGAAUAUAAUGAAAGGGUGGGAGAGGGGAUGAUUAUGUGAGAAUGAGAGUGGGGAGGUCAUUGGAGGAAACGCCGACGUGGUCAGUGGCAUCCGUCACCACUGCCUUGGUUUUCCUUUGCUUCUUCGUCGAACGCUCCAUUUUCCGCUUCGGAACGUGGUUGGAGAAGACUAGGAGGAAGGCACUCUAUGCUUCUUUGGAAAAGAUUAAGGAAGGCCAGUCACUAAACUGUCUACCAUACUAUAUAUGGAGAGCUUAUAGUUGAUGUUGCUAGGGCUAAUAUCAUUGCUAUUGGGGCAAUGGGCAAGAUGGAUUACCCAAAUUUGUGUCACCUCCUCCCUCUACAACCCUAAAUUUUACAUUUGCUCACAAGAGGAUUAUUAUGCCUCCUCCCAAACAACAAUAAUUCACACCCAAAAUAACCCAUCAUCAUCCAUACUACCAUCAAACCACACACACAUUCAUCAUCCCAACACAUUUGGGCAUCCAUCACAUCAUGGGUCGAGAACCUUUUGUCUCUGCAGAGGGUCUGGAACAACUUCAUCGUUUCUUGUUUGUUCUGGCCAUCACUCAUGUCCUCUACACUUUCAUUGCUGUGGGCUUGUCUAUGAGCAAGAUUUACAGUUGGAAGAAUUGGGAAAAUCAAGUCAAAAAUAAUGGAACUCAGAAUAACAUACAAGAAAAGAGGAAGAAGGGGAUGAUGAGGCGACAAUCCACUUUUGCCCUUCAUCACACAUCACAUCCAUGGAGUAGAAAUCCCAUUUUAAUCUGGAUUCUAUGCUUCUUAAGGCAAUUCAGGAGUUCCAUUCAGAUGUCUGAUUACUUAGCACUGCGUUUGGGUUUUAUCAAUAAUCACCAGCUUCCGCUCUCAUAUAAUUUCCACAAAUACAUAAUUCGUAGCAUGGAAGAUGAAUUUUAUGAAAUUGUCGGGAUCAGUUGGCCACUAUGGGGUUAUGCUAUCAUUUGCAUCUUUGUAAAUAUUCAUGGUCUUAAUAUCUACUUCUGGCUUUCUUUCAUACCUGUUAUUUUGGUAAUGGUGGUCGGGACAAAACUCCAACAUGUCAUGUCCGUGUUAGCACUUGAAGUUGGGGAACCAAAGGUUCCCGUCAAUGGCGGAACUCAGAUGAAACCGCGCGAUGACUUGUUUUGGUUUGGGAAGCCCGAAAUUUUGUUGCGCUUGAUCCAAUUCGUAUCGUUCCAAAAUGCUUUUGAGAUGGCUACAUUUAUCUGGUCUUUGUGGGGAUUUGAUGAGCAUCAAUCUUGCUUCAUGGAAAAUCACUCUAUCAUAUCAGUCCGAUUGACCUCGGGGGUUCUUGUCCAACUAUGGUGUAGCUAUAGCACAGUUCCAAUGAAUGUUAUCAUCUCACAGAUGGGGUCUCGGUGCAGAAAGGCAAUAAUAGCAGAAAGUGUGCGAGAAUCGCUUCACACGUGGUGCAAAAGAGUUAGAGAAAGAUUAAAAUAUGGUACACCUUCACAACAAUGUACAACUAGUAGACCUACAUCAUCACUCCAAUCGUCAACAAUAAUGGAUUAUGAAAGAGAUGACGAUGCAGAUGAUGAGAUAAAGACACACCAAGUUUGACAACAUUAGUAUCUCACGAACAAUGACGGUUGCAGUCACAGUCAUUGAGCGUUACAAUCACAGACAAUAACUAUUUGUGCGAGAUUGUCAUUAAUGAUAUUGUCUUUGAUGAUAUUGGUGAGGUUGUUAAAGUAAGAAGAUGAAAUUAAUUAACAAUAUGGUUUUCCCAACAAAAACCUUGAUAUGAAUGUGCUUUUUGCAUUUCUUACGAUCAAUUCAUAGUAAAGUAUCCAACAAUUCUCUCCUUAAUUGGGAGAUUUUGAUGCCUCAUUUUCCAUAAUAUAAACUUGUGUUUUGG